AUGGAAGCCGGCGGCGGCGGGGAGGCGGAGGAGGAGCAGGUGAUGAGCGAGGUGCACCUGGGCUGCCCGCCCCGCUUCUCCGGCCUCUACCUCUCCCGCUUCACCUUCUCCUCCCUCCCGCUAGAACACUAUGCAGGAGGCAGCGACGGCGGUGGGUGUGAGAUGGCUGCGGCGACGAGCAGUUCUUGUGAUUUGCCGGACGCUGUCGCAGUGGACAACGAGGGGGACCUCGUUCUUGAACGGAGAAGAAGAAGAAAGAGAGAUAGGAGGAGAAGCGACGAUCAUGUGCUCACCGUGCAGCAUGGUAUCACCUCCUCGCUUAACAGCGUCGGGUUGCAGGUUUGGAAGGCGGCGAUGCUGCUAACCGACUUUGUGUUGCAUAAAAGCUUCACGUCUUCUGAAUUUGAUGGUGUUACUGCCAUGGAGAUCGGUGCUGGAACAGGUUUAGUAGGGUUGGUGCAAGCUCGAGUUGCUAGUAAAGUUUUCAUCACAGAUAGAGGAACUGAUAUCCUCGAUAAUUGCUUGGCUAAUGUCCGUCUCAACUCUAGCACGCUAAAGUUUGAUGAAGCUAAAAUCCAUAUACGGGAACUGGACUGGAAAACGUCGUGGCCUCCGCCUGUGGGUACACGUGAUGCAUCUGACCCAAGUUCAAUAUACUUAUGGGCUGCAAGUGAAAUCGAGGAGGCUGAGAAAGCCACCCUGCUACUCGCUGCAGAUGUUAUUUAUAGUGACGGUCUCACCGACUUGUUCUUCGAUACAGUGAGACAGUUGAUGUCGCGUGGUGUUAAGAAGAUUCUUCUUUGCAUGAUGCAGGUGCUGUACUUGACCCUGGAGAAGAGAUACAACUUCAGCCUGGACGAUCUAGAUGUGGUGGCCAACGGUUACAAGCAUUUCCGAACCUUCUUUGCGGUUGAAGAUGGAUGUGGAGUCCUGAAUAAUGCUGCCUUCAUACCAGGUCUUGUGGGGGAGCGGAUAGACCUUGGGAAGGUUCCUCAGUACAUCAGAGAGUAUGACAGAGGCGAGGAUCUGGAGAUGUGGAAGCUCAUGUACUGCUAUCCAGAUUAAAAACAGUAGCGUUGUCGCUUUACUUUUUUUCUU